AUGCUGGGCCGCUAUGAUGUCGACAGCUCGAAUUGCUUUGGAGCCUUCAAGCUGAUGGUCGCCAAGCAGCUGAUGAUCAAGAUUGUGAGGACAGCUCUGGAUCCAGCAGUGGCAGCAAUUCCUCACGAGAUGGAAGUGGGGAAAGCUGACUUCACAACUGAAGAUGGCCGUGAAGUCUUGAUUGAUGCAUUGAUCAACUCUGCUCUUUGCUCUGCCCCUGGGAUGAUGGAGACUGACCCUUGCGAUUUACCUCGGAGGUAUGCUGAUGGUAUUUGCCCAAAAGCUUUGGAGCAGAAGGCUAGCUAUGUGACUGUCAUCCGGGAUUGGACUGGCAACAUGAUCAACUUCGCGACCACGAGUGGCAUACCGCAACAACUGGUGGACCAGGCUAGCAAUGCUCUGCCCCGGCGGUAUGAUCCAGAUGACAGCGAUGUCUUUCUCUUGAUCAAGGGCUAUGUAAGUCUUGCAUGCUCCUUAGAUGAUGAUCGCAAGGAAGUUCUGCGAGAGAUCGCUGAAUACCUCAACGACAACUACCAGCAGUAUGAGGAUGAGACUGACACUGUCACCAAGCCGACUGGAUCAAUUGCAGAUCGCCUCACUGCCCGGAUGGAGGAGGCAAUGUCUAGCACCUUCAACUUCAACUCUGUGGCGGAAAUGGUGGCUAUGAAUGCUCAGCCCAUCAUUCAAUCGAUCCCCCAAUCUUCGAAGGAGUUCUACCUGUCUCCAUGGAGCUUUGAUUUUUCUGAGAAGUCCAAGUAUGGCGAGAACGGUCGCUUCCCCACGAACCUCCAGUACAAGGCCCACUUCCAAUCCUUCCUCCGCUCAGGAUAUGAGGCAAGCCGCGAGCCCAUUGAUGUGCGCUUCAGGGAAGGAGGCGAUGGCACCAUUGAGCCUUUCAGCGUGCAGUUUGUGGACGGGCAGAACAAGAUGCUCAUCAUCCAAAGCAUCUUGGCCCUUGUAGAGCUGUGCGAUGACAUCAAGGAGGCUGAUGUGGAUGCUGACAAGGACUUUGCAAGGGUCUUGGCAUCUUUCCGGCAUGUGAAGUGCAACUUUAAGAAGCACCAACGAGCAGAACAGUACAUCUAUGAGUCCCUGAGCCUGGCAAACCGGAGAUCUGAGAAAGUCAAGCCUUCCUGCUUGGACUAUGUGCUGAUCUUCCGAGAAGCAGCCAGGAUCAAGCGCGAGAGCAACCCACACAUGAGCCUGAGGGAUUGUGUCUGGGGACCUGUGGCCGAGUACAACAAGACUGUGCCCAAGGAUUGGGUACGCGGGUGAAUUCAAUA